AGAUUAUUUUACAAGGAGGUGGAGGCGGGCGCUGCGGCGUUUUGGUAGCGAGAUGAACGGGUUUCCGGCGGCCUCUAUCUCGGCGGCCGCCACCCUCGCCUCUCCUAGCGGCGGCUUCUCACUCAUCUAUACCCGAAAUCCUCCUUCGGAACGAUGGUGAACAUUCCCAAAACCCGGAACACGUUCUGCUGGAAGUGCAAGAAGCACCAGGCACACAAAGUUUCCCAGUAUAAGAAGUCUAAGGAACGCACCUUUGCCCAAGGUCGUCGCCGUUAUGACAGGAAGCAGUCAGGGUAUGGUGGCCAGUCGAAGCCUAUCUUCAGGAAGAAGGCUAAAACCACAAAGAAGAUUGUACUGAAGAUGGAGUGCAACAAGUGCAGAAUCAAGACCCAGCUUCCUCUCAAGAGAUGCAAGCACUUUGAACUGGGUGGUGACAAGAAGCGCAAGGGAAUGAUGAUCCAGUUCUAAGCUGUCACUAAAGAGUAAAAAAAAAAAAACCUCCA